AUGGCGCCACCUACACAAUCGGCCCCUCUCGCCAGUCUCCUCGUGGCACGGUUCUUGCGCUCCAACAACUACACCGAGACUCUGGACGCCUUUAUACGCGAGGCAGGUCUCCCUUCAGAUGCAGGAGAGACAACAGAAAAAGAACCUGCUUCCGAGCCAGCCGGCGUAGGCCGGUGGACCCUCGAGGACAUUAUCCAGGAAAAGAAGACAUUUGAUCAAAGCCUGACUUUUGAAAGACAUGACGAGUCCGUGUCUGCCAAGGACCAGUGGACUUCCCUUGCACCAUCACAACCAACGGUGGUUGGCACUCCAAGCUCGACUAAUCUGCUCCACGUGUCCGUGAAGCCAUGGAAGCGAGACGACAAGGAGAGCAGCACUUCAUAUGUCGUCGCUACCGGGGCUGACAAGCGCCUCAGUCUGUUCAACCUAGACGCAGACCAGACCGUGGCCGCCUCGAUGACGCAACUGUCGGAUUCUCCCAUUCUUUCCCAGACCAGUGUCUGUGAUGGGAAAUAUCAGUUCUUAACUGGCAUGUCCGGAAAGCUUCUCCUAGUUCAGAACGACCAAGUCAUAGACAGCAGAAAGGACCACUCCAAGUACACUGUGCAGGUAGCCGCAUAUGAAGACCGCGAUGAUGGGAAUGUAUGGAUUGCCACUGCGGGAUGGGAUGCCCAAGUCCUGGUUUACCACAUGAAAGUGCCUUCUCCACCAGACGCUCCUAAAAUUGGCGAGCCCGUGGGAGCCAUAAAACUACCCACGAAUCCCGAAUCCGUCCUCAUUACCCGAAACCCAGACACGCAAGAGUUGACUCUUUUAGUGUCUCGGCGAGACUCGACACAUAUCUACUUCUAUAACCUGGAAGCCCUGCGCAGCACCAACGACGACACUGAUAAUGCUGCUACGGUCCAGUGCGAAGAAAUAGGAAAACAAAACCUCGCGCCGCAUUCCAAUGCAUGGAUUGCCUUUUCGCCGUCUUGUUUGGCACUGAGUCCCCACGACCCUGGGCUUUUGGCUGUUGCUUUGUCAACGAUGCCACAUAUGAAAGUCAUGAUUAUCCGAUUAUUAUUCCCUUCUUCUUCUUCCUCCUCCACACAAGAUUCCACUCCGCAGACUCGGGAAGAGCGAAACGAAUCCGCCUCGGUAUCGCAGGCAACCCAAGCGAUGGCCGCACUAGCCCUGCAAAACCGCGAAGACGCGGCAAUCGUGAUCCAGACAAACACAUUCGCUCCGCAAACCCCGUACUCGACGCCGCAGGUCGUCUGGCGACCGGACGGUUCUGGUGUCUGGGUGAAUGGGGACGACGGGGUGAUUCGAGGCAUCGAGGCCAAGACUGGGAAAAUAGUGACAAUGUUAAAGAAUGGCCAUGAAGUAGGCAGCAAAGUAAGAAGUAUCUGGGCGGGAUGGGUUGGGGAAAAGGAGGAUUCCAGGGAAGAGUGGGUGGUGAGUGGCGGGUUUGAUAAGCGGUUGAUUGUAUGGCGAUGA